AUGAGUACUUUAAGAACAAUUUUAUUUAUUUUAAUAAUUAAAAUAUUUUGUUUUCUGAAUUAUAUAAAUACGAAUGAAGUGCUUGGAUGUGGAGGAUUUAUUAAAAGCCACGCUGAUAUUGAUUUCUCUAAAGUUGAAAUAAAAUUGCUUACAAAACAUGGCUCACUUAAGGAUAAAACUGACUGUUCACCAUCAAAUGGCUAUUACUUUUUGCCUAUAUAUGAUAAAGGUUCCUAUUUGUUAAGCAUUUCCCCACCUCCUGGGUGGAGUUUUGAUCCUCAACAAGUAGAGCUUAAUUUUGAUGGCAAAACAGAUAUUUGCAGUCAGGGAAAAGACGUGAAUUUCAUUUUCAAAGGAUUUGGCAUUACCGGUAAAGUAUCACUUACCGGCACUGAUAACAGCGGUGCUCGUGGAGUUUCAGUAAAGCUUGAAUCGGGAGAUAAAACAGAUGUACGUCAUACAACUACAGAUAUAAAUGGAAUAUUCUCCUUUACGCCGAUAGUUCCUGGAGAAUAUAUUAUAACAGCUACUCACUCCAAAUGGCAUUUCUCAAAAAACAAACACACUGUUGUUGUAGUUAGUGGUAAUACUGAAUUACCCAAAAACUCUUUAGUUGUAUCUGGCUUCGACGUAACAGGUUACUUCGAUGGCAGUGAUCAACUGAGUAUGGAUAUUACUAUGGCACUGUUUAAUCGAAAAGGUCAAACAUUGCCAACCAAAUGUACAAUGCAAAAUAAACAAUCUAUUCUGCAAAACAACCUAAGUUAUGAAAAGGAAUCAAUUUGCUUAGCUAAAGUAGAAGCAUCCGGAGAGUAUAAAUUCAUUGGCGUACCUCCUGGAAAAUACCUCGUACAACCUGUACUAAGUAAUUUAAAUUUAAAGCUGCACAUUAAACCGAAUAUUUUGGAAUUUGAAGUCCUUAAAGAUUCACUUGAAAUAAAAGAACAUUUUGAGAUUACAGGUUUCAGUGUUAUUGGAAAAGUAUUAGCAGAAAAAGAAAAGCCAGUCUCUGGUGCAACAAUUAAAUUGAACGAAAAUAUAAUCACUAAAACCGACGCUGAUGGAAACUAUAUUUUAGAUAAUAUUAAAUCUGCUACAUAUACAAUACAAGUUGAAGCACCUAAGAUGCAUUUUGAUAAACAACAAAUGAAAAUACAUAUGUCCACCCCAACACUUCCAGAUAUAAUUGCAACUUCGUUUGAAGUAUGUGGCAAAGUCGUUUCGGAAAGUUCGUAUGUAGUCGGUAUAACUAAACAGGGUUCAACAUUUCACACAACAUCUUCAAGUAAACCAAAAAGCGGCGAUUGGUGUACGUAUUUACCCAAAGGAAAAUUUAAUGUCGAAGUACUUACUACAGACGCGGACAAACAGAACGGUGUACAAUUUUUCCCGGUACAACAAACUAUUGCAGUUAAUUCAGAUCCUAUUAGUGGUAUAACUUUCUCACAACUGCGUGCGACUCUAAAUGGAGAUGUGAAAUGCUUACCUGAUUCACCAACUUCUUGUACUGAAACUGAGGUAACUCUUCAGUCUCUUGAUAACUUGGGUCAAAAAAUAGGACAAAAGCAAAUAACAAAAGCGCAAAAUGGUCAAUAUGCUUUUAAGGAUAUAUUACCUGGUCCAUAUGAAAUUACCAUACCGCAAUCAAAUAUGUGUUACGAGUCGACACGGGUUCUGAUUAACGUCGCUUCAGCUUCAGAAGUGGCACCGUCGUUUAUUCAAACUGGUUAUGAAGUGUCAAUUAUAGCUAGCCAUCGUGGAAUGUUAAAAUAUUCGCACAUUGGACAUCAGGAUACAACUACCAACUCUCAAACUCAAACUACAAAUAAUCUGAAAUUGGUUACCGGUGUAAAUACAUUCUGUGUAUCGAAAUAUGGCACCUACCGCAUUUGGGUGGAAAGUUGUCAUUUAUAUGAUGAAAAUCUCCCUAAAUCAUUUACGACAAAUGAUGCACCAAUAUUAAUUACUGCUAUUGCACAUAAAGUUGGUAUACGUGUCCUGUCAACAGAAUCAACGGCUGAGUCGUUACAGUUGGAAGUUGAGUCUUCGUCCUUAGGCAAAGAACUUAUACAACCUAAGGCUGAAUUACAUAAAGUUGAUGGAAAAUUUGCUUAUCGUUAUGAGACUCAUUUGAGACCUGAAGAAGUUCUACGUAUUACCCCAAAAAGUGAUACUUUACUUUUUACGCCACAUUCAAAAGACAUAAUUGGACCAAAUGAUUGUAUAGACAUAGCAUUUAAUUUUGUAGCAACUCGAGGAUUAAUAUUACGAGGAAAAGUAGUACCUGCUAUCAAAGAUGUGAAAAUUACUUUAGAUUUUCCCCAAAAUCCCGAUAUAAAUAACCAAAUUAUGUUUACAUCAAUAACUGGUGAAUUCAAGUUUGGGCCAAUUGAUGAAAAUUUGGCAUACAAUUUGAAUGCUGAAAAGGAGUCAUAUGUUUUCUCAGAUUACAAACGUGAUUCGUCAUCUUUUCAAGCUCAUAAACUGUGCGAAAUAAUUGUAAAGGUUAAAGAUGAAACUGGAAAUAAUCUUAGUGGUGUUUUGUUGUCACUUAGUGGAGCUGAAAGUUACCGAAAGAAUUUGGUAACAGGAAUCGACGGUAGCAUCAAUUUUCAUUCAUUAUCACCUUCUAAUUAUUUCCUUCGACCAAUGAUGAAAGAAUAUAAAUUUGAGCCUAAUUCCAAAAUAAUUGAAAUCAAGGAUGGCGAAACAAUUGAAGUCGAAUUAGUUGGAAAACGUGUCGCCUUUUCCGUAUUUGGUAAAAUAACUUCACUUAACGGUGAUCCCUAUGGUCAAGUUAAUGUGGAAGCAACUGCUGAUGAAACUUGCAUGAAUUACCAGGAAGAAGCUACUAGCGAAAACAAUGGUCAGUAUCGAUUACGUGGUCUGCAGCCUGGUUGCACAUAUACAAUACGAACAAAAGUAGGUUCAAACAUCAAUGCAAAUGUAGAACGAUCCAUUCCUCCUUCACGUACAGUAAAAGUAACAAACGAGGAUAUAAAUGAUGUCAAUUUAAUUGCUGUCAGUGUUUCAAACUUUGUAGAUGUAACAGCGCGAAUUACAGCCACAAGCAAUGAUCACUACAAAACAUUAUGGGUUGAAAUGUUUAAGAAAAGUGCGCCGGAUUCACCAGUUUAUUUACAGCGUCUGAAUUUAGAUUCUUUGUAUACAAAAUCGCGUUAUAACCCAGGUGUUAUGGUGUUUUUCCCACGCAUUCCACUUGACCAUAAGAAUUAUAUUGUCCGAUUAAAGUCAACACUCUCUGAUAAAACGUAUUCAUUUACUUUGCCAUCAGAAGAAUUUAUUGCAAAUACUAGCUCCGUUUUUGUCGAACUUGACUUUAAGCCAGAAGUGCGAACAGCUGAAACCGAACUUAACCAAAACUCUAUAUCAGCAUUAGUUUUGGUAGCUUUAGUGGCUAUAGCAUUUUUCAAACAGGAUAUAGCUAUGGAUUUUCUGAAUUUCAUUUGGGGUAAAGUGGGUGUUGCUGUUAAAGAUGUUGUGCAGAAGCAAGCGCAUUUAAUUAAAAAAGAUGUACGAAAAACAGAACCGCUUAACCAAAAAGAAAUUGACCAUUUAGCAGAUCAUAUAAAUGCAAGUAAGAAGAAAAAAUCAAAAAAGGUAUGAGUUCUAAGUAAUUAAUUCUAACGAAUUAGGUAAUAUUGUAUGUUUGUGUUAGCUGUAUAAUCUCCUAAGAUAUGUUUAUAUUAUUUAAGUUGGCAGCAUAUAACGAAGUUCUUAGUCAAUUUUUAUCUGAUUUCAAAAUAAAACAUUAAAUUAAAGUUUUUGGUGGCAAGUUUCUUGUUUA